UAAUGCAAGCCAAACUAUUUCUUUUCCUCUUGUGAAGAAAAAGCUGAAUUUCAAUGCGUGUUCUUUAAGAUAUUUUUCUACUGAAAUGGAACUUCUCUCUGUGAAAGUGAAAAAAGGAAGGCUGGAUAAAAUGACUGAUGCAUCCAAAACCUAUGUUGUUUUAAAAGUCCAAAAUUUGAAAAGCACUACAAUCGACAGACGAGGAAGUGACCCUUGCUGGGAACAAGACUUCAUGUUUGAAAUCUGUGCUGAUGGAAAGGGCUUCCUUGUAGAGCUGUGGAAGAAAGGCUUGCUCUGGGAUAGCAUUUUGGGAGUUUUAUGGAUUCCCCUUGCAACUGUGGAAUAUGCAACAGAUGAAGGCCCAGGUUCCUGGUGGACAUUGCAUUCUGAAGUAAUAAAAAAUGGAAGUGAGAUUCAAGGCACAAAAACACCAACUUCACACGAGAUCUUACUAGAUGUCUACUUUGCAUUACCAUUUGAUACCCACAAAGACUUAGAUUGCAGAGCCUGGCACAGAGAGCCACCCCUCCAAAGUACAAGACCUUCACAUCAAGAUACAUCUGAUAUUUGGUCACCCAUGGAAAGUGGUCUCAGCACACAAGAGAGCAAACCAAGGAGAAAUACAUUCCAGGGUGAUGGAGGUAAUUUUGCAAAAGCACGAUGGGCCAGGGCUAUACAGAAGAGCGACAAUAGUUUAUAUGGAUAUGGUCCCCACUGAUGAUGAUCCUGUUGGAGAUACAAAUACUUGUCUGGAUCAAAAAUGGUGUUUUGUGGAAACAGC